CAAAAUAUUUUGUUUUAUAUCUAUGUCUGGAAUAAAAAUGGAACGGCGAAUUCAUUUAGGAAACGAACGAAACGUUAACUCGUGAUAUUCGUGUUUAGAUGGGUACCAUGUCAAUUUAGCAGUAGCUAGGUUAACUAGCGGCUACAUUAGCUAGCUCGCAGCUAACUAUCUAGUUAGCGAGGAUGCCAGAUAUUCACUUACCUUGUUAAUGUAAUUACCCAAUAGCCAUUUUAUCUUGAAUGUAACGAAUGUAGAAUGAAUUGAACUUCGCACAAAAUCAAAACGAGCUUCCAGGCCUGCUUCCUGUUUACACGCAUUCACAAGUUUGCUUGUUAGCAGGGUAGCUAGGCUAACUGGGCAGUUUGCUACAUUCACCACAAGUGCAACGUUAUGUUUCAGCUAAAAUAGCUGGCUAUUUUGGUAACUUAUUGGGAAUAUUUGCAAGCUGGUUUCGGAGUGUCUAGCUACGGUUUUGUACUUUUAUCCAAAGGGCUGGCCGCACUCUAUUUUGCAGGGGCACGAGGGUUCCUGCAAGUCAUUUUAAAUGAGAAUGUCCCUAGCACAGAGAGUACUGCUUACAUGGAUCUUCACCCUGUUCUUCCUCAUUAUGCUGGUGCUGAAGCUGGAUGAGAAGGUCCACUGGAACUGGUUCCUCAUCUUCCUCCCUGUCUGGAUCUUCGACGCCAUCCUCCUCCUCAUGCUCGUGGUGAAAAUGGCCGGGCGCUGCAAGCCGGGCUACGACCCGCGCAACGGCUCUCAGGACUUGCGAAAGAAGGCCUGGUACCUGGUGGCCAUGCUGCUGAAGCUGGCCUUCUGCCUCACGCUGUGCGCCAGGCUGGAGCAGCUCACGGAGAUCAAGCUGACCAUCGUCUGCAUCCCCCUCUGGGCCCUCCUGAUAGGAGCCAUGGCGGAGCUGGGUUAUAACAUCUUCCCAGACAGGAGAGACUGAUUGCCUCCGUGUUCUGGGAGGAAGAUUGAUGCAGCGCUUUUUGUCAGUGACCCCUCCGUAAUCUCCCACUCUCCACCCCUGGCAUUCCCCAUUCUCGAGACCUAGAACACACUUCCUUCCCGGGUCUAGGGAACGCAGCUCGUGCUAGCAGCUUGGCCGGCUUGGGAGCUAAAAAAAAGGGAACUGGAGAGCUGGGCUUUCCCCUACCCGGGAUGCUUGUGGAGCCUGUUGGGUUUCCGGUGAGCUUUUGGUCCUAUAAAUUGGAUAAAGCCAUGACUGUUUGGCAGGGAGUGGGUUUUGAAAGGAAAAAAAAAAAACUGGCUGUCUUCAGCAUUUCCAUUUUGUACCGUUUACUUUGUGCAGUGCUUACCGAGACCGCCAUUUUUCCUGGAACCAGUCGUCCGUCAUUCUUGUUGGAAGGCAUGCCUCUCCCAAGCUGGCCGUCCCUCCUCUGCCACUUGGGACCCUGAUUAUUAAAAUCAUGUCCUCUUUCAUUUUGGAAUUUAUGAAUGCAACAAUCAUUUGCAUCUUUGAAGAGAGUAUUUUGAAAGAAAUGCAUAAUCUUGUUAUGUGUCGUCUGUGAAUAAAAAUCGGUGUCCGGAUUGUCCUAGAAAGUU